ACUUUGUGGUCCUUUCUCCAGAUCAGCAGAAAUAUGCAUGAAGGAAACCAAACGAGCAUCUCCGAAUUUCUCCUCCUGGGACUCUCCAGCCAACCUGGGCAGCAGGAGCUCCUCUUUGUGCUUUUCCUGGCUAUGUACCUGGUCACCGUGGUGGGGAAUGCGCUCAUCGUUAUGGCCAUCGGCUUGGACCCUUACCUUCACACCCCCAUGUACCUCUUCCUCGCCAACCUAUCCUUGGCUGAUAUUUCCUCCAUUUCCACCUCAGUCCCCAAAAUGCUGAUGAAUAUUCAGACCAAGAGUCAAUCCAUCUCCUAUGAGAGCUGCAUCACACAGAUGUAUUUCUCCAUUGUCUUUGUUGUCACUGACAACUUCCUCUUGGGGGUCAUGGCCUGCGACCGCUUUGUGGCUAUCUGCUACCCUCUGAGCUACACGACCAUCAUGGGACCCAGGCUCUGCCUUUGGCUGACCGCCACCCCCUGGGCCCUCAGUAACGCUGUAGCCCUAACACACACCCUUCUCCUCCUCCGAUCCGUCUUCUGUGACGGCCACGCUCUCCCGCACUUCUUCUGUGACUUGGCCCCGCUGCUCAGGCUGUCCUGCUCAGACACGGCGGUCAACGAGCUCGUGCUCUUUGUCGUGGGCUCGUCGGUCGUCACCCUGCCCUUCGCCCUCAUCCUCGUCUCCUACACCUGCAUCACCAGGGCUGUCCUGAGACUCUCAUGCCCAGAGGGGCGGUGGAAAGCCUUCUCCACCUGUGGCUCUCACCUGACAGUCGUGUUCCUCUUCUACGGGACCAUCAUAGGGGUCUACUUCUUCCCCUCGUCCUCUGACCCUGACAACAGAGACAAGAUCGGGGCACUGCUGUUCACCGUGGUGACCCCUAUGUUGAACCCCUUCAUCUACAGCCUGAGGAACAAGGACAUGAAAGGGGCCCUGAGGAGACUCCUCUGUGGGAAAAAGGGUUCUCCCUGUGAUGCCCUGAGCGUCUGA